AUGGCUCCCUCAGCUCCCGGGACGGCCAGCAACUCGCCGGCCAAGAAGACUUCAGCGCCCGAGAAGAAAUACAAGUGCCAAUUCUGCAAUCGUGCGUUCAGUCGCAGUGAACAUCGCAGCAGACAUGAGCGGUCUCAUACUAAAGAACGCCCCUUCAAAUGCUUAAAAUGCCGAAGCACUUUCGUUCGUCGUGAUCUUUUGUUGCGCCAUGAUCGAACUGUACAUGCUAAGGAUGGCGGAAUUCCCCUGGUCGCAGAGGGCCGCAGACGUGGUGGAGGGGUUCAGAAAUCUACAACUUCUGCCCCCUCCAAACCUUCGAUCACCAUUGAUCCGGCGACGCUGGAACAGAUCGAAGCAAGCAGUGAUGGUAUGGUCGACCUUGAAACUGCAGCCAUGUUGAUGACAGAUUUCCAACAUAAGGCUGCAGCAGCAGCGACUGGUCAGGUUUCCGAGCGCUCCGAAUCACUAUCCCCUGCCCACGGCUCCUUCGAGCCUUACCUUUCCGGCAACGCAACCUUGCCUCAGAUGCCCUGGGAUACUCUCGCCUCGCCCGCCGAACCUGGCUCGAUGCCCACCCUCGUCGACCGUCACGGCCUCGUCGGAGAUGUGCUCUUGUCGAACUCGCUUCCCAUGUCUGGAAACUCGACCCCGAACGCGUUAUCCCCCUACCCUUCCAUGACUGGACCCGUUAGCCCCGUAAAUUACCGUCGCUCGCCAGGUCCCAGCCAAGCGUUGACCCUUCCCAAGGCUCCCCAACUCGCGAAUGAGAUGGAGCGCAAUCAGGUUGUUGAACGCGUCCAGGGAGCAGACACUUUGGGUGCUUUGCCUGAUAACUUCCAGAUGCCUGGCACAGCGGCAUUGAACCGGUACCUGUCCACAUACUUUAACUUGUACCACCCUCAUUUGCCAUUCUUGCACCAGCAAUCGUUUAACCCUGCUACCGUAUCUGCUCCUCUAUUGCUAGCAGUUCUCUCCAUUGGCGCUCUGUACACUUUCGAGCGCGAGCACGCUUUCUUGCUCCAUGUCGGCUCCAAGGUUUUGGUCAACCAGUUCCUGCAACAUAAGGAUAACUUCGAUUCCCGCAAGUGCCCUCUUUGGUUGAUGCAGAGCACUCUGCUGAACAUGGUCUUUGAAAGCUGGAGUGGUGAUCCUAAGGGUCUCGAGUGGACCUGCUCCAUCAAGAGUCUACUCGCCAACAUGGUCGCUGGCAACCGAUACCAGCUCAAGCUCCGAACCGACGCUCGUCAGGGCAUUUACCCUUCGCGUGCAGAGUGGAUCGAGGACGAGUCGUGUCGCCGCACUUACUUCGCUGUGUACAUCUUCUUCGGCAUGUUGACCCUCACCUUCAACCACACUCCUGCGAUGAGCUUCGACGAGUUCGACAACCUUGAGCUUCCUUCUUCCGAGUCUCUUUGGAACUUGGAUGCAUCAGAUGAGGAGAGCUGGCGUCGCACUUCCAAUUCCAGCACCCUGACUGUCCGCGAGGCUCACGACUUCCUCUUCCAGGGCGAGCAGACCCGGUACAGUGCCUUCGCUACUCGCGUUCUCAUCAACGCCCUGUUCUUGCAAGUGUGGAACCACAAGCGUAGCUUUGAGGCUCUACAAGAUGUCGUUACUGAGUACAAACUUCGUCUCGCUCUCGAGACCUGGGAGAGCUCCCUGGAUGUGUGUGAGCCUGAGACCAUCGUUGUCCCACUCAGCACUCCCCAGAAGGGCCACCCCUUGAUCUUCAACUCGAUGGCCGUCUACCGCAACACCCGCGCCCGCCUGGAAGUUGACCUGAAGUCCAUCCAGGAGGCCAUGCGGUACCACUCUUCUUAUGAGGUGGCUGCUGCCAUGACUGUCGCUCGUGAGAAGGUCAAGCGCUCUCAGGAGAUGAACAAGGUUGUUCAGCAAUGCUUCGAGUGCAUUGAGAUUGCCGCUAUUCAGGGCAUCAACUGGGUUGCGAAGACCUCCGCCACUAACUGGAGUGUUGAGCAUCCUCUCUGCGGUCUGGAUCUGAUGGUCAUCCUGAGUCUCUGGCUCUACCGCCUGGAACAUGACGACGAGCCAGCGACUGAGGCUGAACUAGCCAUCUACAAUAAGGUGCGAAACUUGUUUGAUGAUGAUGCCAUCGACGCAUUUGGAAAGCUCAGCUCUACCGUGGCCCGUGUAUGGGGUAACAUCCUAGACGGUGUGGUUGUCUGGGGAAUCACCAAGUUGAUGGGCGAAUCAUUCAAGCUUCACUCCCAGGCCCUGGUCGGCUAUGAAGAUUCUUUACGUGUCGGAAAGGAUCAGCCGAUCCACGCUGUUCCACCCAAGUCUCUGGCUAGUGUGGGCACUGCGUACUGA